AUCUUAAUUCAGAGAGAGUUUGAGAUAAAGAGAAACAAAGAAGAGAUUAUUUACUCAGCAGAGAGGAAUCAAGAUUUGACGUUCCAAAACCAUGUCUGAAGGUGGCUUGUUUUCAACUUAUUCAUUGUGCAGUGAUGCAGCUGGAUUUGCAGGAAAUCUCUUUGCCUUUGUGUUGUUUGUUUCACCCAUACCUACAUUUAGACGAAUUGUCAGAAACAAAUCAACGGAGCAGUUUUCGGGUUCUCCUUAUAUAUACGGCCUCUUGAACUGCUUAAUAUGCCUUUGGUACGGUUUGCCCAUUGUAUGUUCGGGCAUAAUCUUCGUCGCCACGGUCAACUCAGUCGGAGCCGUUUUCCAGUUGGUGUACAUUAUCAUAUUCGUUAUAUACGCAGAUAAAGACAAAAGGUUGAAGAUGCUGGGAUUAGUGCUGGCAGUUUUCUCCGUUUUUGCUGUAAUUGUUUUCGUUAGCAUAAGGGUUUUCGAACCGCCAAAUCGACAACUUUUCGUUGGAUAUCUCUCCGUUUUCUCUCUCAUAUCCAUGUUUGCUUCUCCACUCUUCAUUAUCAAUCUAGUGAUCAAGACAAAAAGCGUGGAAUACAUGCCGUUUUAUCUCUCACUCGCAACACUCUUGAUGAGUAUUUCUUUCUUUGCAUACGGAAUGUUGAAGAAAGAUCCAUUCAUCUAUGUUCCAAAUGGGAUUGGAGCAAUUCUGGGGAUUGUUCAGUUGGUGCUGUACUUCAACUACAGCAGAAAUUCUGCGGAAGCUUCCAGAAGGCCUUUGCUCGAGUCGUACGCCUAGUUAUAUGCACAUGCACAGGGUUUUUUAGACGCUACAAUUGGAGUACAUACAUUUGGUAGAGUAUCUUGCAGAUAACGGGGCCCGGGUGGCGGAUCUUGUAGCGGCGUUUUACAUUUUUUUAUUUUUUUCAAAUUCUUUUUUUUUUCUCAUUGUCGAGUGUGUGUUGUACUUGUAUGAGUUCUUGGUUCACAAAUACUUCUACAAAGAGGUGAUUGUUUUCAAUGUGUGUGGAAAUAAGACUAGAAUGGGUACCAUUGUUUCUUUUCAUAUCAUGAAAAGAUUGAACAUAUUAUAAAUAUCAGAUUGUG